AUAAAGUUGUAAAAAAAUUUUUUUACUCAACGAUGAAGGGAUUAAUAAAUUUUAUAUCGGAAAUACGUAUUUCCAAGACAAGUGAGCGUGAAUCUCGUCGCGUUAACAGAGAACUUGCGAAAAUAAGAAAAAAAUUUAAAUUUUUUGCUGAUGGCCGUCAAGCUGAUAGCUAUCAGAAGAUGAAGUAUUUAUGUAAACUUAUGUAUAUCUACCUUUUGGGAUAUGACAUUAACUUUGGCCAUAUAGAAGCAGUGAACAUGACAGCCAGUUCCAAAUUUCUUGAAAAACAAAUUGCUUAUUUAUUUAUAUCACUUCUUUGUGGAGAUGAAAGUAUGCUUCGCUUAAUAGUUCAUUCCUUGAGGUUAGACCUCUGUAGCGAGGACAAUGAAGUGGUUUGUUUAGCGCUAAAAUGUAUAGCUAAUAACUUUAUUGAAGAACUUGCUGAAGACAUUGUUAACCAAUUUUUUCUCGGAAAUAAUCUGGUAUCAAGCGACUAUUUAAGAAGCAAGGCAACAUUGUGCUUACUUUCUUUGUACCGAAGAGAUCCCUCUACUGUUCCGGUGAGCAUCAUCAUACCCCAUCUAUUCAAAUCUUUGGGCAGUCUUAAUUUGGGUUUGCUUAGUUCCACGCUUAGCCUGCUAUUAACCUUGGCCAUUGACUUUCCGGAUGCCUGUAAAGCUUGUCUACCCAAACUUAUACAUAUUUUGUCGGAGCGCACCGAUAAAAAAUACAUCGAAAAAAACGGCAGGGCUGUGUAUAUUAACAUAAAAAUUCUUCAAAUGAUUCGGCUGUAUCCUCCUCUAGGUCAGCUUAGCUUAUACUAA